UGUCCCUUUAUUUUCAUUGCUCAGUGUGUCCGGACCUCGCACCGGCCGCAACAGGACUAUCGACUCUCUUCACGCGCACACCGGAACUAUUCUCCCGCCAUGAAUCGGAUUACUUCUCCUGUGUUUGCGUUGUUUCUGUUAACGGCUGUUGUUGUGGUGAUUGCUAAUUCUGGAGACAAGCUGGUGAGAAAAAAAAGGGAAUGGAUUCUCCCCCCAAAGCCACUGAAGGAAAAUGUAGACUACACCAGAAAAGAGUAUAUUUCCAAGAUUCGGUCAGAUUUUGAAACAAAGGGAAUUCACUACGCUCUGGAAGGCAUCGGUGUAAAUAAACCUCCCUUCAAUGUGUUCGUUGUCGACCCUAAUACUGGAUUCAUUCGUGUGACCAAAUUGCUCGACAGGGAAGAAAUCGAUACGUACAAUCUGUCAGGUAUUGCUACGUUCAUUGAUGGCAGAGAAGCAGAGAAAAGAAUUGACAUACGAAUCAAAGUUGUAGAUGAGAACGACAACGCUCCAGUGUUUGGAGACAUGGAGGCCGGGGAGGUGAAAGAGCUCAGUCCUCCAGGGACUUCAGUUAUGAAAAUAACUGCAACUGAUGCUGAUGAACCAGGAAAUAUAAACUCCCAGAUCGCCUAUACCAUCGUAGAUCAGCAACCACCCAGUGACAUGUUUUACAUUUCCAGAGAUGGGACCUGCGUCAAAAGUUCUGCCCUGGACAGAGAGAAAGUAGAUAAGUACACUCUGACAGUGAAAGGUCAAGACCUAAAUGGUGGACCAGGCGGACACAGUGCAACCAGCACUGUUGUCAUUCAUGUCAAAGAUGUGAAUGACAACCUUCCCACUCUGGAAAAAGUGCAGUAUGAUGGCAGCAUUGAGGAGAACACGGAGGGUGUGGAGGUGAUGAGGAUCAAAGCAGAGGACUUGGACCUGGAGGCCUCAGAGAACUGGGAAGCCGUGUUUGAAAUCGUCAGAGGAAACGAGGCCGGCUACUUCAGCAUCAAAACAGACACCGCGACCAACGAGGGCAUCCUGAUGCUCGACAAGGCUGUCGAUUAUGAGGAUGUGAAGAACCUUGACCUAGGAUUAAUUGUGAAGAACAAGGUUCCACUAUACGAUGGAUCUGAUGGAAUCUCUGCAACUAAUAUAGGUUUAGGAUCCCCUGGUGCCAGUGGUGCAAGUGGUGCCAGUGGUCCAGUGGGUGCUACAGGAGGAUCAGGAGGAACAUUCACACGAAAUGGUACCACAUAUAAAACCUAUCCGAUCAAAAUCAAUGUGAAGAACAAGCCGGAGGGGCCAAGAUUUGACCCCAAAGUCAAAACUAUUCCCGUCUCAGAGGGAGGCAGCUCCGUCAACACUAAUGAAGUCAUUGCACGUUACGCCGCAAUAGAUGGAGACACUGGGAAAGCGGCAGAGAAUGUCAGGUACGCCAAAGGCUCAGACCCUGACAACUGGUUUACCAUAGACCCAAAAACAGCUGACAUCAAACUGAACAAGAUGCCAGAUAGAGAGUCUCCAUACCUGAUCAACGGGACGUAUUAUGCCAAAGUACUCUGCUUUACAGAAGACAUGCCUGCUCAAACAGCCACUGGCACCGUAGCCAUCCAGGUGGAGGAUUUCAACGACAACUGCCCCACCCUGACCAGUCAAAUCCAGACUCUGUGUAUCCCCAAUGAUGCCGUGAUUGUGAGCGCUAAAGAUGAGGAUUUUUCCCCCAACGGAUCUCCUUUCAACUUUGAAAUAAUCCCAGAGGGAACUCAGGGCAAAUGGAAGGUGGAGCACUACAAUGACACUGCAGCCAUCCUGAGGGCCAAGGAGACCCUGUGGCCUGGUUUAUAUGAGGUGACUUUCGUGGUGGAGGACCAGCAAGGGAAGGCCUGUCCAGAACCACAGAAAGUGACGGUCCUAGUGUGCACCUGUGAGGAAGGGGACACGUGUGGAGAUCGAGGUAAUACUAAGAAAGGAGCAGAGUUAGGACCCGCUGGCAUCGGACUGCUGUUACUUGGACUCCUGCUGCUACUACUUUUUCUUCUGUUCCUGCUCUUCUGUAAUUGUGGGGAGAGCGCAGGCUUUACCCCGAUGCCUUUCGACACCAAAUCUCAUCUCAUUAACUACCACACUGAGGGCCAGGGCGAGAACACGGAUGUGCCACUACUGAACAUUCCGCUUCAAGUGGGUGGAGGAGGGGUGAUCGAUCAACACUUAUUUCAGGGAUCAGGGUAUGGGUUGUAUAAGGACACAUAUUUUCAAGAUGCUUACAACGCCUGGGGGACGAGUAACGUUUCAGAUUCCAGAACUUGGAUUAGAAAUGAAGGAUCACAAGUACAACAAGGAAUCUAUGAUGGCAUGGCUCUGCCAGACCACUUCCUGGGACAGUACUACAGUCAGGUGACCAGUGAAGACGAGACUCUUGGAGGGAAGGACACUCUUUUAGUUUAUGAGUACGAGGGUCAGGGCUCCCUUGCUGGCUCCGUGGGCUGCUGCAGCCUCCUGGAGUCUGAGAACGACCUGCAGUUCAUUAAUGACCUCGGCAUGAAGUUCAAGACCCUGGCUGAGGUGUGUGGAGGAAAGAAGAUCGAAUCAGAUGUCAAACCAGCGUUCACUCAUCAGCCCAGUGCAUCCAUCCACACUCACAUCUCAGCUUCAAGUGUGAAGACUGCCCAGCAGCCUGCCCCUCUGCCCAACCUGCAUCAGUCCACAUCUCAGACUGUGAUCAGGGACACAUCUGAAAGUUCUCAGGUGGUGAAGAAGAGCACUGCCACAGUGAUGGAAGGGAUGACCACAGUGAGCACAGGGAUGACCCAAGUGAGCACAGGGAUGACCACAGUAAAUGAAGGGAUGGUGAAUACAGGUCAGAUGUUCAUGCUUCAGCCGCAGCCCGUCUACUACACCACCACCACCACCCCUGUGCAGAUGCAGUACGUCCUCCAGCCACAAGUUCAGAACACCGUGCUGCUGGCAGAAGCUCCAGCCUCCAACCUGCAGAGCAUGGUACUGCUCAACGGCUCCCAGACUGGAAGCAUGGGGAUUCAGGGACAGAUGGUGAUAUCCAGCGGGCAAGCCCAGGACCAACACAUGGUGCUGGUGGAAAAGAGCCGGGUCCAUGGAAGGGGUGGCAACCUCAUCCACACUGGCAACCUCUCUGGCUCCAAGACCAUGAUGGUGGUGGAGGGAAAAGUCCCUAAAGGGACAAUAAAAGGGCUUAAAGGUAGCCAGACCCAUCUCAUGCAGGGAGGCACUCUGCAGUCAGGGGGGCUGUCAGGAUCCCAGAGGGUCGUGGUGGUCGGAGGGCAAAGCAACAGAGGGCAGCUCGUCCAGGAAGCACAAGGAUUGUCUCAGAAACAAGACAUCUCUGGCUCACAAAGAGUCAUCUACAGUGAGGGCAGCACAUCUGCAGGCUCUCAGAGCAGCGUGGUGACUUCCUCUACCACUACAGAGAACAAAACCCCCACCUACCGCAAGGUGGUGGUACAGGAGACAAGAGAAAUUCACUGAAUAAGAGAUCGUCCAGACAAGAGAGGAUCUUUCCAGUGAUGCCAAUAAGACUGUUCCUCUGGCCUGGUCCAGGUGGUGAUGGGAUGCUUGUGGGACUAAACUAAUACGAGAGAACUAAUGCGAGACAGUUACUGGAAAAAAGAGCAUGUUUCCUUUAUUCCAUUGCUGACUCCAGUCUAGAACGGCGCAAUCCGAAAGAUUGGAGUCAACCUAAAGAAAAGCCAACAAAACAGUACAUGAACAAAACUAGAAAUAUGAAUAGUUUUUUUCUUUAACUGUUUGCCUUCUUCUCCUGACCUCUAAUUAAGUACAUACGGAAUCAUGUUUGGUAUAAUCAGUAAAUCCUUAUGUUGUUUUAUGGUGUGUGUUUUAUGGUGUGUGUUUUAUGGUGUCUGUUCUAUGCUUUACGCUGUUUUGCACUAAUAAAAAAAAUACUGUUCA